GUCGUUAUCAGGCUGCGUGUACCGCGGAGGGAACUUCACUGUCAAAAGUACACAGACAUCACUAUCAGCUCCGGGUCCGCUCCUAAAGUCCAAUGGUCGGCAGCUCCCCCCUGCCCCUGCGUGUUGGCCCCGCGGCUGCUGCACUCAGCGCCCAGACUGCAUGAAGAGCUGGACGCGGACUGACUGUGGAUACCGAGAGCGACAGAAAAGGAAAAGUUAGGCCGAGGAAUCGCAGUCAUGUCUGGGCAGAAUAGAUUCGUGAGUCCGUUCCACAGACCGCAGUUUUUGGCUGCUGCAGCUCCGGCGGGGAAAGCCAAACUUACACACCCGGGAAAGGCCAUCCUGGCAGGUGGGAUUGCAGGAGGUAUAGAGAUCUGCAUCACCUUCCCAACAGAGUAUGUUAAAACACAGCUGCAGCUCGAUGAGAAAGCCAAUCCUCCCAAAUACAGAGGCAUCGUGGAUUGUGUGAAGCAGACGGUGAACAGUCAUGGGGUGAGAGGUCUGUACAGAGGUCUGAGCUCGCUGCUCUACGGCUCCAUACCUAAAGCAGCUGUCAGAUUUGGGGUGUUUGAGUUCCUCAGUAAUAAGAUGCGUGAUGAGACCGGUAAACUGGACAGCAAGCGAGGAUUCUUCUGUGGCCUUGGAGCUGGAGUGGCAGAGGCUGUGUUUGUUGUCUGUCCUAUGGAGACAGUGAAGGUGAAAUUCAUCCACGAUCAGACAUCAGCAAAUCCAAAGUACAAGGGGUUCUUCCAUGGGGUGAGGGAGAUCAUUAGAGCUGAAGGACUAAAGGGGACCUACCAGGGUUUAACAGCUACUGUACUGAAACAAGGCUCCAACCAGGCUAUCCGCUUCUACGUCAUGACUUCACUGAGAAACUGGUAUAAAGGUGAUGACCCCAACAAAGCCAUUAACCCUAUGAUAACUGGACUGUUCGGAGCUGUCGCCGGUGCUGCCAGCGUGUUUGGAAACACUCCUCUCGACGUCAUUAAGACCAGAAUGCAGGGCCUUGAAGCUCAUAAGUACAAAAGCACAUUGGACUGUGCCAUCAAGAUCAUGAAACAUGAGGGACCGAUGGCGUUCUACAAAGGUACUGUGCCUCGACUGGGUCGAGUGUGUAUGGACGUGGCGAUAGUCUUCAUCAUCUAUGAGGAGGUUGUGAAGGUGCUGAACGUUGUUUGGAAGACGGACUGAAGCAGCCCCUCGAUGCUACAUGAGCAGGAGCCUUGGGACGGGCCAUUCUUUUUAUUAACGAGGCCUCGUCCAAAGCCAAUCUCCCGAAAACCUGCUUCUCGGUUCUAAUAUCUACCUCCAAGACAUUUAUCAGAAAGACAGAAAGAAAGAUAGGGAUUGGUAUGUUUUUGAUUUUAUUUAUAGGACAGCAAUUACAAGCAGAAGCAUUAUCUGCAUGAAAAAAGCUCCAGGUUGCAGAAUCGCUGCUUACUGUUGCCCUUUUUCCUUAGGAGAGAGAUGGGGGAGGUUCUGUCAGAGCUCAGGGAAAGGGCAUUUAUUUAGACCUGCUCGACAAGAAAAAUGGGAGCACUGUCAGCACAAACUAAUGCUGUAUGUACUUAGUCAAAGAGAAACCAAUGCCCUUACCCAGCAUAAUGUGAUUUAGAAAGUAUGGACAAAGAAGUUAUACUUGAAAAAGACAAAUAAUACCAGAAAUCAAACAUUUUGAAACUCUUUUUUAAUGCAACUAUUCAGAGAGAUGAAAAACCGUUUUUCAUGGGCUACCUGAUGGAAUAAUUAACAUUCACAGGUACAAUAAAUGCCUUAAAUUAGGAUUGUCAAAACUGUACAUCCAAAAAAAUGCAUUUGGUGUCAAAAAGGUUCACUUUUAAGUUGCAGAGAUUUUUUAGAUUACCUUACGAGAGUGACGCCAUAAAAAGUGCCUAUGUAUUAUUGUGAUUCAUUUUGAGAUCUUUUGAGAUUAAGAAUGAUUGAAUGUUCGUCACUACAGAUUAUAAUGACCCACUCAGUUGCACACACACUUCCAGAUGUUAAUUCCAGGCGGUAUUUCUGAGAGACUCGUAUCCUCUCAGGUCAUUGUGACUGUUUAUAUGCUUCUAACUUUUAAACUGCCUUUCCUGUGUGGACAUACUUUUGGGGAUACUCCGUUAACAGUGCCUUCCAUCUCAUUCCAUGGAUGACAAGUGGUUUAGCUUUUAUUGCGGAUUCUGUGUUUUUUAAUUUUUAACUAUGUCAUAGUAAUUUUCUUUACUUUUUAUGUCAACUGACAACCCAAUGUGCCAAGUGCUGCUGUUAAAUAUAUAUAAUGCCAUGUCAUAGACUGAAGUUUGUAGCUUGCGAAUCUGGCAUGUUUACAUGCAGUGCAAUUAAUUGUUUUGCUUAACACACAAUCUUUGUGUAGGAUGCACAAUGUUUACGGUGAGUUGCCUUUUUCAGCUUCACAUUUAACCUCACCUAGCAGACAUGUCACAUUUAUUUAAAUGGGGUUUUCAUAUUAACAGAUAAGAAUUCUGUGAGUAGUUAAAACGAUAUAUUGUGCCUUCAGUCUAAUUAAUUCCAAUAUGUAUGCUCGCAAAUAAACAUGGAUCAGACUGUUAA